AUGGCCCCCACCACCCCUUCCCCUGCCGAUGCUCCGCAGGCUACAUGCUCUCCGGCUACCCCUCCUGUCGCCUCUUCUCCCGUUGCAUCGCCCCACGCUACCCCUGCCGCUUCUUUCGCCAUACCAUCCGGCGCUUCCUUUCCCGCGGCUUCGGACCAUUUACCCGGGGCUUCGGACUACAGCUUUACCAUCUCCGUUCUCGACCUCUUCACACUCUCUAAGUCCAUUGUGUGCACCCGCGAGGCGGACUCCGUCACGCCGCUUGACGCUCUCAUCAAGCAGGGGUAUCUGUCCGAUGUUCCGCACCGUCCUUCUAUGGCUGUCUCUCUUCGAACGCUUGAACACUUUCGUCUACUUCGCCUUCAUAAACCUUCAUUUAGUACUGAGGCUUUCACAAAGGUAGUAUGUGAUUCAUAUGGCAUGCCUUAUAUUCGGACUUACCGGUCCCUCAUCGCGGACGCUUUUGACGUGUACAUCAUGAUUCUACGUAAUGUCAACAAAUCUAUUGCUGAUGUCCUUGGCCGCAACAUUCCUAACUGGCGCGUACUGAAUGCCUGUCCACCCUGCACAUAUCGUCUUGAGAAUGAGCAACCCCUUCAAUUCAAUCGAAUGUUUGUAAUGGAUGGCGGAAACUCGGCAAAGCGACUAGCGACCCCUGCUGGGAGGCAGCGCGGGGAUAUGCGGGAGUUCACUGACAGCGACUAUCGGCUCUCGUGUGACUAUGUGGAUCAAUUUGCAAAUGAAACCCGGCGACGGCCCGUGCCUGAGGCUGACGCCAAGGAUGUUGCGGAGCCAGCCUCCCCAUCUCACGAUCCGGGCGUCAACGAGGUGAAUACAGGCGACUGCAGCAAAAAUUGGAAGGCCGCCGCGAGCGACGACAAGAAAAGGAUGUGGGGUAUAUUUGAGGAGACGGGAAUAUUCGUUGGUGCUUGCCGACACGGGCUCCUCCUGUGGUACACGGACAUGGUGCGGAGUGGCGAGCUUGCGAAGUACCCACUUGCUCUUGUGUCCAAGAUACUGGAACUGCUCGAACACCGUUGCCUCGGCGCCUACGACAUCGGCUGCACGUUCAGUUCGACGAUAGAGUCGAGUAGCCUUGGUGAAAGGUUCAAGGAGAGGGAGUGCCGGAUGAUCGUGGACGCGUUUCACGGGUACGCCCACGACUACAAAUGUCAGGUUAACAACCACCCUCUCAGAAUCACCGGCGCUGGGCUCGAGGACUUUGAGACAAUCGAACGAAUAUUCAGUGCGUGCAAUGCACUCGCCGCGGUGAUACGCUACGCGAGCCCGUACCGCCGGCACAUGUUCCUGGAGCUCUUCUUUCAACAAUGGGACGAAGAGAAGUACCAGAACCUCGGUACUAUGCUACUUAAUAAUUACAAACAAGCGCUCGCCAUCAUCGAUGCUGAGUCCCUGAAGCUGGAGGAAACGAAGACGUCACUCGGCAUCACGGAUACCGACUUCAAGACUUGGCAAGCAGAAGAGCUCGCCUACUUCGAGACCCUCGGUAAGGAGCCUGCCUACGACGUGUACGCUGUUGCAUACGUUGAGGCACUCAAGGACAUGCGGCAGCUGGAGUAUCAGUACGCGAACGCGUUCAACGCGUUUGUUGACGCUAUCCCAGGUGAUUAUGUAGCUGCCAGCGCUGCAGGCAUCAAUACGUACGAGGCAAAUGCGGGCACAACGCGGACACUCGAGUCCGACAGGAGCUUUGUGCGGGAACGUCUUGUUGUCGCCACCCGCGACGUUGUCACCCUCGAGCAGAAGAUGGGAUUGUCCCACCGGUGGGAGCCAUCAUCUCCGGAGUACCAACACGCUGAAGAAUCUCUCAACACACGCGCAUUCCAUCGCGCCCUCGACGACUUGCAGCGUUUGGUCAUCCAACGCCUGUUUGAGCUACAGAAGCUCAAUAUCUCGCAGACCGGUGAGCCUUUUCCCUUGACUCGCUCUCAGGCCAUCAGGAACGCCAUCACUCGCUACAACGCCGCCGCCGCCGCCAUGAACCCCCCUCGACCACCUCUCGAAUGGUCAAAGGUAUCCCAUUACGGGUUCCUUGACGAGUUCACCUUGCUACGCAACACCCGGCAAGAUAUCACCUCGAGGCCAUGGUCGAAGCCUGUCCAGCGCGAGGCGAUGCGAAGCGCGUUUCGUGUUCAGCGAGCUCAAGAGGAGAUUGAGCGUUGUAAUGUCGAGGUUCGUCGUCUUCACACUGCAAUCAUCGACGAGGAAACGCACUUUGCCUCCGUCGUUGCGAGGCUACGUGUCGAAGGCAGUGUCCUGUUGACGGUCACGGAGGACUUUUGCCUGAGGCGAUCGCGUGUCAAUCGCCGCCUUAUGGAUCGUAUCACACAGAUACAUGAGCUUAGAGGGUUUUCGGGCGAGAUGACGCCAGGUGUUCGCAAUGGGACGGCAGACGUUCGUGAGACUACGUCUGGUACGGCUUCCUUUAGAUUCUUUUCUGAUGGGAAUGGUUUCGUACAUGAGGAGGAUGAGUUUGAUGAAGAUCCCAUGUCACGCGAUGUUGCAGUCCUUGUUGAUUACAUGGCAGAACUGCCUCUGUCUGAUACAUAG